AUGGCUUCCUCAUCCUCCUCCUCACCUUCACCUCUACCCGCAGUGUCCGUGACGCGGGAGGAGUUCAAUGCUUUCCACAAGUGUGACAGAGCCCUUUUCACCCGUCUUGUCGUAACUCUAAGGCGAGACAUUAGCCAGUCUCUUCAGGUCAUGAGCUUUCUCCUCUAUCUCGAGAAAAGUGGUCUCAUCAGCAACCUAAUCGUGAAUCUAGUCUCUUUACCUGACUAUUUCACCAUCUCCGUGGCUGAAGAAGUCAUGAUGUGUCUGAAUUGCUUGUCCUACGAAGGCUUCUCAACCUUUUUAGCCAACUCCGGGACAAACAUCAACUCCUCUACCAUACCUUUGAUCACGCGGAUGACUAGAGGGUACUUUACCCUCCAAGUCAUCCACGAGGACCGCGAAAACAUUCUCCUUGCGAUGAAGAAGUACCUGACCAGCAUAUGCUACCCAGCUUUUGAGGAUAUAUGCGCACGCGCUGAGAUGAAUAAUAAGGAGAGUGCAGAGAUGGAAAAGGCUAUGGACGAGAAGAUGAAGCAGCUGGGGAUUAACAGGGUUGUUCAUAAGCCUGAAUCUAGCUGCAGCCAGUUCUUAAGUGAACAACAAGGAGCAAGCAAGGUCGGUGCAUUCUCUGUGGAUGAGCAAGCAAGGGAAGACGGCAGGACUGUCUUCCUCACAUUUUCUAAAGGAUACCCAAUUUCUGAAGCAGAAGUGCAUGCCUAUUUCACCAGGAGAUUUGGGGAGAUAAUAGAAGCGAUAAUCAUGCCUGGAGGGGAAGGGAAUGAGCAGGCCCUGUAUGCAAAGAUGGUGUUACACUCUGCAGCCCUGAUUCCGGAGAUUGUAAGCGAUGCGGUCACCAGGACCAAAUACACCAUCAACGGAAAACAUGUUUGGGCUCGAAAGUACAUUCCUAGAUCCUCCCUUAAUAAUCUUUCCCCAUCCAAUGGAGUCUCUCUCUAGUUUUUCCUAAUACUUCUUGUUUGAUCUUGAGGGUCAUCAGUUGUGUGUUGUUGUUACCUUUAUCAAUUCCUUGCAACUUUUA